CGAAAGCAUAUAAAUUGGAUAAUAUUUUGCGUACCUUCAUUCAGUUAAUGGAGCAAAACACAGACAGUACCCCCAAUUAUAAAAAUUACAAAAAAGAAGACAAACAAAAUGUCGGGGAACACAGAUAGUGAAACCUUCAAUACCGACGAACUGGUUGCACCUGAAUGGUUAAAUGCUCAGUUUAUCACAAAAGUUCUUAUCGAACAUGAACAGGCUUCCGAACUGAAGGUCACCGACAUGCGCUUUUCUCCAGCCAGCGCCAAGGGCGACCACUAUGCCAGUAUUAUGUUUCGCGCCAAAGUGGAGUACACCACCCGGAAAGGAGCCUCCACCAAGUCGCUAAUCAUUAAGACAAUGCCGGAACAGGAGGGUCACAAGAAGGAAAUGCUGAACGAGUCCCCAAUCUUCAAAACGGAGACUGGGAUGUACAGCACAGUACUGCCGGAGUUUGAGAGGAUACUCCGGGAGGCAGGAGACUAUGAUAAACUGUAUGUGGACUGCAUUUAUCACAGUCUGAAGCCGCGUCAGGUGAUGAUCUUCGAGGAUCUGGUGGAGAUGGGUUACUUGGUGAUUCGAGAUCGUGAGGUAAGCCUCGAAGAGGUUCGUUCCGUGUACUCUAAACUGGCGAAAUUUCAUGCGGCGAGUAUGAAACUCCAACAAGAGCAACCCGCGAUACUCAAAGGCUACACUAACGGAACUUUUGAUAAGCGAAAGUCGUUGGAACAAGGAUUCAUUCGCACCGGCAUGACAUUCUUUGUGGAACUUCUGGAAAAAGAGCCAGAGCUGCGAAAAUAUAAGGAGUACUUUGAGAACAUAAAGGGUGACCUAGUCCAGCAACUGAUGGAAGAAUGGGCGCAAAGGCGUCAGAACCCACAACCAGAUCCGUACAACGUCCUUUGCCAUGGAGACUUCCAUCUACGUAACAUGAUGUUCAAGCAUAACAAGGCGACAGGAACCUUCGAAGACUGCAUGCUGCUGGACUAUCAAAUGUGCAACAUAUCCCCAUUGACAGUUGAUUUAAUCUACUCGGUUUACAUGCUGUUGGAGCCACAGCAACGCCGGGAUCAUUGGGAAGAUCUACUAAAGUAUUACUUCUCCGUUUUGGUUGGUACUCUGAAGAAGGUUGGCUAUAAAGGAGAAAUGCCCACGGAAGCUGGACUCUGGAAACGAUUCCAUCAACGAAAAAACUUUCACUUUUUCCUGUUGAGCACAUUCCUGCCAUUAAUGUAUGCUGUUAGGGAGAAGGGCAUCGACGUCGUUGAACUGUUGCAGAACGAAGAAAAGCGUAAAACUACCUCAUUUAUAGAGGGUUAUGUCAAAGAUGUCAAAAUAUUGUUGCCGCGCUGGGAGCAAUAUGGCUACUUCAAAGAUGCCUAAAGUAUUUAAUGUGAUCCGUUGAAUUGUAAGACAAUAUUUG